CUCAAGGAAAUAAAAAGUGUCACUAAAAAGCAUAUUAUGUUUUCCUAUCUUUAUUAAGUUUUCAGGUUUGAUAUAGUCUAUGCUCAAGACACUCAUGUUUCUCAGAAGCACUAUGCUGGGAAUUCUCCUUAUCUGCAUUCUCUGGACAGAGACUACUAUGGCUGGAUCCAGUUUUUUAAGCCCUGAAUAUCAAAACACACAGCAACGAAAGGAUCCAAAAAAGCAUACAAAGUUAAACCGCCGGGCUGCAGACGGAUUUUUGGAUGCAGAUGCAAGGCAGGCAGAAGGAGACAACAAUGAAAUAGAGAUUAAGCUUAAUGUUCCCUUUGAAAUUGGUGUCAAGAUAACAGAAGAGCAGUACCAGGAGUAUGGACAAGUUCUGGAGAAGAUCCUAGAGGACAUUCUUGCAGAAGACACUAAAGGGACUACAUCAACAGGACUUUGAUCUUGGUUGGGCCUCUGGGAACUACUCUAAUGUAAAUAUUAAAAACUAAUGGAAAAAUUAACACAUGAAU